CACACAAAGACGACCGAGGGAAAUGUCAGCAAAUAUUUCCAUUAAACAUUGGCGCGUAACCCCACUGAUUUGAUAUUACAUUUCUGCUGUACUAAUGUUUCGAAAUUCAACAGUGUCUGCAGGGAAAAACGUCUCCGUAUUUCUUAGGCUAUUUAAACUGCUCAAGCAAUGAUGUAAGCUCGGAUAACGUCACCACUGGUCUGUCAUAUGUUCACAACAGAGUGCACUUUCCAAUGAUUCAUGCAUAUUGGGUAUUUUUUCUCCGUCAGACGGGCGGAAAGUAAAAUUAAUUACUGAUAGAUGCCUGGAUAAUUUGAUUAUUGAAGUGACCGAUUCCAGAAUGCGUGUGCAACCCAUAUAGCCUUCAGAUUUGUAGCCUAGGUUACUGUAUUUUCCUUACAAUAGCUCCUGGGAGUAGAGUCUUGUGACGGAAGCAAAUGAACAGAACGUGAGAGGGAAGAACAAGCAGGUCGAAGGAGCUGCUCUGCGCUUUGUCGGAAUCGAGACGCUGGGAGUUGUUCAGCUGAGGAUGUCUGAUAAUGGGGAGGUGGAGGAUAAGCCUCCCGCACCACCCAUGAGGAACACCAGUACCAUGAUCGGAGCCGGCAGCAAGGACCAAUCCAAACCUCUGCCUCCCAACCCAGAGGACAAGAAGAGGAAGGACCGCUCUAUUCGCUCCAUCCUCACGGGUGGAGGGGACAAGAAUAACAGGAAGAAGGAGCGGCCAGAGAUUUCGCUGCCCUCAGACUUCGAGCACACCAUUCACGUGGGCUUCGAUGCCAUUACGGGGGAGUUCACCGGCAUGCCGCAGCAGUGGGCGAGGCUCCUCCAGACCUCCAACAUCACCAAGCUGGAGCAGAAGAAGAAUCCGCAGGCUGUGCUGGAUGUCCUUAAGUUCUUUGACUCCACAGAGACGUCCAACAGCCAGAAGUACAUGAGCUUCACUGAGAAAAGCUCUGACAGCCAUAGGUCUUCGAAUGUUCUGAGCACAAAGACCCUUUCUGAUAUCCCUGCUAUUGCCACCCUGACUGAGGAUGAAGAGGAUGAUGAUGAGGAUGAUGAAGAUGAGGCCACCACCCCACCUAUGGUCGCCCCUCGACCAGAGCACACCAAAUCUAUAUACACUCGCUCUGUGAUCGAGCCCCUCCCUGCACCUCCCUCUAAAGAUGCUACCACCUCACCCCCAACUAAGGAUGCUUCCACCUCACCCCACACCAGAGAUGCAGCCACGUCACCCAUCUUUCCUACUGCAGAAAGAAACAGCCCCAAUCUGCCCUCUUCCUCUUCCUCUACCUCUGCCCCCACCCUUCCCAGCAACACAGACAAGAUCAAGAAGAAGAAGAUGUCAGAUGAGGAGAUUCUGGAUAAACUGCGUAGUAUUGUGAGCGUGGGUGACCCCAAAAAGAAAUACACCCACUUUGAGAAGAUCGGCCAGGGGGCAUCAGGAACAGUGUAUACAGCCAUAGAUGUUGCUACUGGGCAAGAGGUGGCCAUCAAACAGAUGAACCUGCAGCAACAGCCCAAGAAAGAACUCAUCAUUAAUGAGAUCCUUGUCAUGAGGGAAAACAAGAACCCCAACAUUGUCAAUUACUUAGACAGUUACUUGGUUGGAGAUGAGCUUUGGGUGGUCAUGGAGUACCUGGCUGGAGGCUCUCUGACAGACGUGGUGACAGAAACAUGUAUGGAUGAGGCACAGAUUGCUGCAGUGUGUCGUGAAUGUUUACAAGCUCUUGAGUUCCUUCACUCAAGCCAGGUGAUUCAUCGAGACAUCAAGAGCGACAAUAUUUUGCUUGGGAUGGAUGGCUCUGUGAAACUCACUGAUUUUGGCUUCUGCGCUCAGAUAACCCCGGAGCAAAGCAAGCGCAGCACUAUGGUGGGGACUCCUUAUUGGAUGGCCCCUGAGGUUGUCACCCGCAAGGCUUAUGGCCCCAAAGUGGACAUUUGGUCCCUGGGCAUCAUGGCCAUUGAGAUGAUUGAAGGAGAGCCGCCAUACCUCAACGAGAAUCCGCUGAGGGCUCUGUAUCUCAUAGCAACCAAUGGAACUCCUGAACUACAAAACCCAGAGAGACUGUCUGUGAUAUUUCGAGACUUCCUGAAGUGUUGCCUAGAGAUGGAUGUGGAGAGGAGGGGGUCGGCCAAGGAGCUGCUUCAGCACCAGUUCCUGAAGGCAGCCAAACCCCUGUCCAGCCUCAUCCCCCUCAUUAUCGCCACCAAAGAGGCAACUAAGAACAGCCACUAGCUGAGCUGCAGGAGUCUCGCUCUCCCCCGUCACCCCCCCUCACCCAGGGAAGCCGUGUGCUGCCACCCCAAAUUCACGUAUCUAUUCUCUCUAUGGACUUCUGGCGCCUUUGACAGGGUCAAGGAUGUUACCAAGGUGGUGGCAGCUAAAGACAGUACAAAAUGAAAAUAAACCAGUCUUUCUCGAUCUGGAAGACUUAAUCCUGGACUUUAAGUGACUGUCGUUUCUUUGAAAUUCUGAAAGAAUCUCCUAGGCUCUAGUCUGUCCAUGUCUUUGUUUAUUUUUCUUUUUGUUUAUCAGAAUGGAAUAUAUUAUUCUUAUUUUUUCAAGUCUUUUUUGGUCUGAAAAGAGAAUAGUUUUGAUAAAUGCAAUAUUUUUCAGUCCAGCUUCAAUCAGGAAAAUCUCUCUCUCAUUCCUCCCUUUCUCUUACUGUCUUACACACACACACACACACACAAACACACUCUUUUUGCUUGUAGUGGGCCAAGGAGGAGUAGAAGUCCUCUGUCUCACUCUCUUUCUCUCCUUCUCUUUCUCUCUGGUGAAUGACAGUGGCCUGUAUUCAAUUAACAUAAACAAUAGCGGUGCACUUCUUCACAAAUUCAGUUUGACAAGUUCCUUAGUAAUUGCAAAAAUCAAAAGACUGAGUUGGCAAAGAACAAAAAUACAGAUUCACAUUUAAUUGUUAGUUAAGGACACAUGUCAAUUGAGUCCUGGUCAGUGUAUUUGUUCUGCAAUCAGUGGGAUUAAUGAACACAUAAAGCUCUGACUGAUGUUUGAAAGUGGCGCUUUUAUGCAGUGUAAACAUACCUUCAUAAACUAGGUAAAACAUCACUAGGACAGACAUAGUCUUCCUUAUAUACCAUAGAAAUGGCUUUGUUUUAAUUAUUUACAACAAUUUGCUUUGUGGGAAUCCACUUUCUAAAAGUAUCAAACCUAGAAAAUAGAAUACAAUCUAGUAAUUGUGUAUAUAUGGUCAAGCAGUGGUUCUGUGCGUUUCCCUCAGACAAGCCUGUGAAGGAAACCAACAUAACCUCUUGGAAUAUGGCAGUCAUUGUAAUGAGCACAAUUAAGAGAAAUAAGUUGAAAUGACACACAAUACAGUCAGAGGUCUCCAGGACGAGUGUUCUGUAAUACUAAAGAAUUUGAGUAGUUUUUGAAUUCCUUCUGUGGAAAAUUGAAAAAAAGUUCAAAUGCUUAUAACUGUAAAAGAGAAUCUGAAACACUGUUGAACCUCACAGUAUGUUCUAGCUUACGCUGAGUAGAUUAUUUGUCUUAUUCAUUAUUUAUUUUACCAUGUGCUCCAUCACUUUGUGGAAUUUGAACCUUAUUAUUUUUUUAUUUUCAAUGAAAAAGUUGACCACAAUUUAUGCAAGAAAGUAUAGCUUAUGGCAAACUGUGCCAUUCAUGGAAUGUGUGUGUGUGCACAUGUGUUCCUAUGUGUUGGUGCACAUGUUUUUGUGUGUGUGUGUGUGUGUGUGUGUGUGUGUGCACGUGUUCCUGCGUGUUCGUGCACAUGUUUUUGUGUGUGCGUGUGUGUGUGUGUAUAGGAAUGUGUGCUGAAGAGUACCAGCUGAGCUUUGAUUUUGGACUUGAUGGGAAAACAUAUUUCACAUAAAAUUAGCUAUCCAUUUCAACUGCAGUAGUAGAAAGCAAAACAAUAAUUUAUAGCUAAUUUUCUUCUAAACUGCUACUGUUUGCUUUUAACAAUCCACAAAUAACAAGGCUAACAGGAUUGCAGCAUUCAGCAUGUAUAUUGUGGGUUGUGACUGUGUCCUAACGUCUGGCACCCAGCAACUAAAUUUCAUGCUGUGCUCCAAGGUAGACAGUGUCUCCUCUGAAUUCUGCUGCUUUCCUUUUUUUUAUAAACAUUCUGAAAGGAUGCGGUCAUUCCUAGUGCUCUUGGCAGAUUGACUGCUAACUGCAUGAAUUGGUUCUUUACUUUUAAAGGUGGUAAUAUUACUGUGUUGUGUGUUGCCAGUGGCUCCAUACUUCUGGAGUGCUGUUGUUGCUUCUGGUCUUCUCAUUUUCAUCCUAGAUCAUCAUCAUUUAGAUUGUUUGUCUCAAUUAAAGCAGACAACGCUGUGCUCAAGAGGUACAGCAACAGAUGACCUAAGGUGUUUGUUGCAAGGGGAAAAUAAUAGACACAGCAGUAGGACAAAAAAAUGAAUGAGAAAAAUGAAUUGUAUUUAAGGCUGGAAGGCCAAAGGAUUCUGCAUUAAAUGGCAACAACUGUAAUGC